AUGAACCUAAAGGACAUCGAAAGGCGCACAUUCUUCCUGAUCGACCAAAUAAUUGCUGAUCUGAACGACGUAGACCGCAAAGAUGAGCUUGUGGCGCUCUGGCUAAAGUACCACAACCACAUCAAAAGCACGUGUUGCAACGAAAACCAAACGUUCAAAAUCUUGGAGAACACCAAAAUAGACACUAAAAACGUGGUUGAUACGCUCAUACUCGAUUACCUGCUGCGCAUUGAUGUGCACAAGGCAAAGGAGUUCAUGAAAAGAGCAGGUGGAUACACCGUGGAGUACUGGAAGAUGUUCGGGAUGAGGGACAAACUGGUAACACUCGUAGACGAAGAAAAAUAUGACGAAAUAUUGGAAAUUGUUGGCGGAAAAGAUAGGUCUGACACCGUCACACAGUUUAUAUUCAACGUAAAAAGCCUGAAAUUCAUAGAAAUGGUGCGCACUAACAACAAGGCGCUCUCCUAUAUCCAGUCAAACUUCCAAGAUCAUAAAAAAACCGAAGUACUCAAACUUGCGAAGAUGUUGCUUACCCAGCAGACUGACACACACCAGGAAUACGUCGAGAGCGCAAAGGCACUCAUACCUAAACUGUGCACUGAUAUGUUCAGCAUUCCUACCUUCUCAACACUUCCAAUCAUCUACGAAAUAGGAAUGAAAAGCUUUCAAACUCUCAAUACACCUGAGAUAAAUGCGAUGCUCGAAGUUACCUGUUCUAAAGAGCUGCCCAUCGACAUAGCACUGCCAAAAAAGUAUAUUUUUCAUUCGUAUGUGGUAUGUCCAGUGCUUAAAGUAGUGUGUGAUGAGAGCAACCCGCCCAUCCUGCUGGAGUGCAGACACGUAAUUUCUAUGGAAGCAGUGAAACGGCUCAAUUGCGCUAAUGGAUGCUUUAAGUGCCCGUACUGUCCGGUUGAGAGCAAUAUCAAUAAUGUGUACGAGAUAUACUGUUAAAGAUAGAUUUGUUCGAA